AUGGCACGAAAGCACAAACGCAUUCUUGGUUCACGCUUCUACAAAAACUACUCGGAUGAAAAAGUGGAGAAGUGUCUAUCAGCGAUCGAGAAAGAAAACAUCUGGAAUUAUGACGAGACCAAUCUAACAGACGACCCUGGAGCGCGCAAAUGUAUUGUGAAGAGAGGUGUCAAGUACCCCGGCAAUAUUUUGAACUCGUCGAAGAGCAGCAUCUCACUGAUGAUGGCCGGUAGUGCAGCAGGGCAUGUACUUCCUCCAUAUGUCGUCUACAAGUCCGCUAAGCUUUGGAGCACCUGGAUAGACAACGGACCAGCUGGAACGAGAUACAACAAUUCCGCGAGCGGAUGGUUCGAUGGGGCUAUUUUUGAAAACUGGUUCGAAACUCAUUUGCUGCCAACCUUAAAAAAGCUGCAGGGAAAGAAGGUGAUGAUUGGGGAUAAUGUCAGCUCCCAUUUCUCACCAAAUGUGCUGAAGUUGUGCGAAGCUAAUGAUAUUGUUUUCGUGUGCCUUCCGCCGAAUUCAACCCAUCUCACACAACCGUUAGAUGUGGCUUUUUUCGGCCCAAUGAAACGUAGUUGGCGAGAUCUGCUACGAGCAUACAAAGAGCAGAGUGUGUCUUCAGCCACGACCCUCCAAAAGGCGCAUUUUCCCAGCUUGCUCAAGGAUCUGAUGGACAGUUUGAAGAAGAAUCAGGUUAGUACUUUGAAGGCAGGAUUCAGGAAAUGCGGAAUUUUUCCAACCAGUGUUGAUCCAUUACUGAAAAGCAUCGAUUCUGUUCCGAGUUCUACUGAAGCAAUUGAAGACAGCUUCAAGGAAUUCCUAGAUUCAAAACGAGCAGUUGUCGUAGAGGGAAGUAUGCCAAAGAAGCGGAAGAAAUUUGAUAUUCCAGCUGGUUCCAGCAUAACGGCGGAAGAGGUUUGCAGUAUUAAGGUUAAACAGGAAAAGGAGGCUACAGGAGAACCGAUGAAAGUGAGCAACAAGGGUCUAAAGCGAAAGGAUGAAAUUGCAGGUAACACGCCGAAGCGUCGUAAGAAGUUGACUGUUCAGUGUGAUGGCAAAACUGCAGUCAAAAAUGAAUGCGACAAGGAAAAUGAACCUCCAAAGAAAGUAAGGAAAGUCGCCAACAAGCGCCAGAAGCAGAAGACAAAGUAA